GAGAAUAAAUGAUUGGCGUGACGAGACACCGGUCAAGGAAUAUCAGUACAUAGGUACCUAGGCAUGUGCGGUCAAACUACGGCGUGUAACUUCAGUGGUCUAAGCUUAGCGGAAUCAGCUGAUAGCAUGUGUUAACGGUCUAAACAGCCCCCCAGAUUCAGCCACAAAACCUACCUCCUAGGUACCAUCUAGUUGAGAUUGCCGUCAUCCUUACAAGGUAUUACUUAGGUACUUCCCUAUUUCCUGCCGCACCAGUUCCUGACACCAUAAACCUAAACUAAACAUCAACGUUCGCAUCCACCAAUACGAUACACUCAUUGACCCUCGAAUUAUCGGUGUCGCUUUCGAAUUUCGCGAUUUGUGUUGUUUGUCGCAAAGUAGAAGUGGACCAUGGCCGUAGGAUUGUCUAACAGUCGCCAUGCCGCUGAUGAAGAAGCUCGUGCUGAAGUUGAUGUGCUCAACUCGCGACUAGAGAAGACAACCCAAUUGACCAAGAAGAUCCAGGCAUGUCUAGGAAGGUUGGAGGCUACCGGCAAGAGUGUGCGAGAUGUGUCAGGUCCCCUCACUGGCGAAACAAAAAAGCUUCAGGUCUUGGGGAACAACAUCGAUGCCGUCAUCGGAGCUAUAGAGAGACUUCGCCAGCCCGCCGAUUCAAAGAAUGACGAAGAAGCAAUUAUCCGCCAGGGGCCCGAGAAGGCCGGUCUAUCCAACUACCUAAACUCCAUUAAACGGUUGAAUAAGGCGUUAGCAGACAUGAAAACCUCAAACCUGCGCGCAAAUCAGCAAACCAUGACUGAUCUCCAACGCUUAAUCAAGUCUGGAAAUACCCAACUCGAGAACUCGUUUGACAAGAUGUUGCGGGCAGAGACACCUCGCUCCAUUGAACCGCUACAAUAUACGACCAAAAAUACGCCGUUCCCCUUAUUGACCCAGGAUAAGAUCUCGCGCCUGAGCCUAAUGAACUCUUAUGUAUCUGGCAACUCUUUGUCCGAGAACCCGCUAAUCAAAAUCUAUGCGGAAGUAAGAGGACAAUAUCUACAACAGACCCUAGUAAACCUGGCAUAUGCAAGCGUGAACACGGCAAAGAAAAAGAGUCCAGAUGCCAUUUAUCGGGCUGGUACCAAUGGAAUUGGCAUGUAUGCGCAGGCAAUGGAAGGUUUAUUCGUUGCCGAAUACGACAACAUCUGCAACAUAUUUAUGCGACAAGACUGGGGACCAGCUUUUCAAAUGACAUGUCAAGCCCCGCUGGCUGAAUUGGCUCGAACGAUUCGAGAACUCAAUAAUCACAUCAAGGCCCAUCUCAACACCGACUGUUAUCUUGCAUACGAAGUCAUUGAGAUAAUGUCUAAUCUGUCCAACAAUAUCGAAGAGCGCACAGGCGAACUUAGAUCUACCCUGGCCGCCGCAUUGAAACCAGUACGCGAGACGGGCAAGUCUUCACUUGCCGAGCUGCUUGAGGAGACGAAGCGGAGAGUGGGGGCAAUUCAAACCCUCCCGUCGGAUGGUUCGCCGGUGCCCGUUGUAUCAGAGACGAUGCAACGCUUGCAAACCAUGGUUGACUUCCUUCGGCCAAUAUCCAGCAUUAUGAUCUCGCUAGGGGACGGUGGUUGGAGGUCGGCUGCUGCCGCGAACACUAGUAUGGACGGAAUUCCUAGCCUGGCAUCGUUCGACAUUGGUGCCGAUGGGAAGGAGAUUUUUGCGCACUAUUGUACUGAUACGAUAGAUGCGCUAAUGUCGGCGCUCGAGCAGAAAGCAAGGGCAUUGCUAAAAGGAAAGUCCAUUUGGGGUGUGCUUUUAGCGAACAGUGUCACUAUCAUUGAACGCAUGAUUCGGGACUCUGACCUCAAACCAAUCUUAGAAGGCAAGCUCGGCGCCUUAGAGGGCUGGCGCAAAAAGGCGAAGGCCUACUAUGCUGAGGCAUGCAAAGAUGUAUCGAUGCACUUAUUUGACGUAAUCCACACGAAUCGGACCCAACGGCCGCCUUAGCAUGGAACGAGAAGUGAGACAAAUGUUGGCCAAGGACAUGCAGCAGAUGCUUGAGCCUCUUUACAAUCGCUUCUGGGACCGGUACCACGAGAUAGACAAGGGCAAGGGCAAGUACGUCAAGUAUGAUAAGUCGUCGAUCGCUGCUGUCUUCCUAAGCCUCUAUUGAUAAAGAAUGCCGAGACAUCUGCCGACCAGGUUAAAGCCUGCCGAGCCGUUUGAGCGUCGCGAAAUAUUCCAAACAGGCACAGGCCUUACACCAGGUUUGUAUGUGGCGAUCAUCAUAUGAUUUGCUCGCGAUGCUACAGCAUAACAGGCAGGGUCGCAGCU